GAUUAGAUUAUUAUUAGUAUUACAUUUCAUCUCAAUUUUUUGUGUUGAUGUUUUAAAAAAUAUAAAUAAAUACAUUGAAUUUGAUUUCUAGUAGUCAUUAAUUUCACUUUAGAUUUAGAAUUUUUUCCCCACACCUUAAUUUUAUGUUGUAUUAGAAGUGGCUGCACUUUAUUUUGAUCCAUGCAAUGGCUUUUGCCAAAAACGUGAAGGUAGGUGUAUGAACGAUUUUCAUAUUUCCAAGGUCAACUAGUCACUGCAUGGUUCUUUAUUACUCUUUAUAUACUAAUUAAUGUGCAGUCCACAAUAUUAAAAAAAUUAGACAGUGAGGUAAGAUUUAGAUGGUUUCAUCAACAAACAAGGUAAAAGGGUAAAAAACAUUUGAAUGGCGUUCAGAUUUUUUUACAUUGUUUUGGAAAACGUAUUUAUUAUUUUUAUGUUAAUUCCAGGGUAUGAAGAGGACUGGUAAGUUUUUCUCUAACAUGUUAAAAACUUUCCAUUUUAUCCUCCCCAAUACGCGAUUUUGAAAUGACAUCUCCGAUCUUAUUUAAUCAAAAAUGUGUUCAGAAAUGUUGCAAAAUAAUUAUAUCUUUGUUGACAUAUUUUAAUGAGGUCAAUGCUUACAUUGUACUUUGAAAUUUUAAAUGCUCCACAAAGAUAUUGUGCAUGCGUGUUUACUUUGGUCUUUUUAUAAAAGAAAAAAAUAAGAUAAACAUAUUAAAAUUGAUAGUAAAUAUUUUUAUUGAUUCAUUAUUUUGGUGUUAUAGGAGUUCUAAACCAAAAAUAAGAAUUUUCAGUGAAUGUUUCAAAUAAAUAAGAAAUUUGUAAAUCAACUAUGUUUUUUAAGAGCAAUCAAGGCAGGUUUGCAUUAGAAGAGAAAACAUCAAAAAACCAUGUACACAUGUCCGUAAAAAGUGGUACAGCAUAUCCCUUAUCUUAGGCAAAAUUGGAGCAAGUAUGCAUUGCAAAAAUAAAUCCAUUUGGUUCAAAUUUGUAUUUGCGCAUUCUGGCCGCAUUCUUCAACUUUGUGGUUUAAGAGGGAUAUGCCAUAUGCCGCGUUACACUUGAAAUGAAGCUUGAAACUUGAAACAAAUGUUUAAAUAAACUGAGCGGAGAUUGAACGUCAAGUUGAAAAGGAUUUCCAUUGAAAAAUUAACAAUGGGGUGAUAGCACCAACCACGAGAAUUUAAAAUAAAAUAAGUUUGUUGCUGAAAAGAUUUGUAAUAGGCGCCUAGCAGUUAUUCCAUAACUAAUUUGUAAGUUCAAUAUUAGAAGCAUUGUCUCAUCAUUCUUGUACAGAACACUUAUCUACAGUUUUGAACAGUUCCAGCAACAUACUAAGUUAAUUUCGAAUUCUCUUGUUUGGUGUUCACCACCCCUAGAAUACAGAAUUUAUAUAAUGUAUAAUUUUUCAUCCUGGUUGGGACAUUAAUAAGUAUGUGAUGAAGGUUUUUCAGCUCCUUUACUACACUGUCUGUGACGCAUUUGUAUAUUUUAUAUUUUAUGUUUUUGAUGUGUUAAAUAGUGUUUGUCAUUAGAUGUAUUACAAUACGGAAGCCACCUCAUUCGUGAAAUAUAUGAAAUUCCGUUCCAGUUUGAUCCAAGGAAAAUAAAUUUAUCUCUAUACACGGAAGCCAGUUUUAUUGACGCCGUUACUGGAUAUAAAUAGAACUAGUAGACUAAAUACAAACAAAAUUUUAUCAUUAUGCUAAUCUUACCCUGACAAGGUAUAGGUAACUCACUUUGAAAAUUAGAAACAGAUAGAUUAUUAGACAGUUCAGGAGUUUAUAAUUACUGUUUAAUUGACUUUGUAAAUAAUCUUUAUGCCAAUCUUCUCUUGAAUAGCAGGUAAAGCUUACCAAUAUUAGCGAGAUUUGUUUAUCCAGGAUCCGCAGGGAGACAGUUAUAAAAAUAAUAAUAAUAAGUUUAUUCACGUUAGGUGCCUUGUUUUAUCUAUAUUGGGAGAGAUUGAUAUAGAAACAUACACGUUAGAGCAAGAUCGUGAAUGAAGCGAACUCGACGUCAAGGAUAACGACUCUAUGGACUUUUAAUUCGCGUUCUCGGUCUAACAUACGUGUUUCUCAGUCUGUCUUGCACACACACUCAUUACAUACACGUUGUUUCUAAAUAGUAAAUACAAUGACAUGAAAUAUAUAUUUUGUGAUCUAGUAUGAAACGUAAUUACGGAACAAAAAUGCUAAUAUGAGACGUUCUGAUAAUGGCACAUUUUACGGAAAAUUUCUUGGAUGUUUGAAACUUGUAGGUGUACACGUAAAGAGCAAUUAAAUUCAUCUAUAAUGUACGAAAGGUCGAAAGGGCAACAUCGCAGCAUCGAUGGCCCAGUAAUAUUCGCAGCGCGACGUUGCCAUUUUAUGUUUUUAGAAGAAUUAUAAGGGAAUUGAAUUGUUUCUUAUUGGGUGUACUUUUAUGGAAUAUUCCAUGAAAAUUAUGUUUGUUCAAUAAUAUGUACAUUGAGAGGUGGCUUCUGUAGGGCGGUCAUCACCGCCGUCAUUUCAAUGUCAUACUAAUCUAGCGCGCGCAUUUCGUGUGCGCGCGCGUCCAUGUUGCAGUGCGUGAACGGUCACUUGAUGUGCGUGGGGUGCCUCACGCAUCUGCUGGCAGACGCUAGGUUGCGCGACGAGACCGCCACUUGUCCGACGUGCCGAGUAGAGAUCAGCAAAACCUCCUCCACACGCAACUUGGCUGUGGAGAACGCCGUUUCGGAAUUGCCAUCCGAAUGCCGGUACUGCGGCGCUCAAUUCCCCAGGAACUCGCUGGGAAGGCAUGAGACACAGGAGUGCGAAGACAGAAUUGCAAACUGCAAAUAUAGCCGCAUCGGCUGUCCUUGGCGGGGCCCCAAACAUGAGCAAGAGGAGCACGAGAGCGCGUGCGUGCAUGCAAAAAAGUCCGGCGCUGAGGUGAUGCAGGCAUUGCAAGCCCUGGACGAACAGACGGCUGAUGAAAAGAAACUCUACAAUUCGAUAUUUGACUUGCUCGGAUAUGAUAACAUCACAUUUAAUGAUAUACAGUUGAAGCCAUACCGUACAGAUGAGUUUAUAAAUCGCCUGUACUACGAAUCGUCGAGGUUCUCUGCAUUUGGCAAUCAGUGGGUUGUCAAGGCAAGGAUAAAUAACACACAGAAAGAUCCCACACAGAGCUCAGAACGGGAUAUGACUUACCAGAUAACUUUGAAAUCAAGAUCAACACCAUUGAAUAUAAGCUACCUCGCAUUGGCUGGACCAGUAGGUGGAGUAGAGGUUCGACCUCGUAUCUACGAAUUUGAGUUCUCAGACGAUCACACAGAAAGCAACUACGUGCAAUUACCUCUCAGAGAUACAGACGAGUGUAACAGGCUUUUGGCAGCGAAAACUAUAAAUUUCAGGUUAAUCAUGUUUUAUUCACAACACUGAAGAAUCAACUUCACUUCACUUCACAUGAAGUAUGUUCUAUUUUUUAGAGUGGCCUUUUUAAGUUUCUUUUUUUACAAUAAAGUUAUGUCUAAUAUGUAACAAUAACUUGUUUUAAAUUUUUUUUCGUGUUUUUAUAGUUAUAUAAAUUAUGACUUUGUAGAUCUCCAUAGGUGAUAAGUUUAAGCCCCAUGACUCAAUAAUUUUCAUAUAAAAUGAAGCCAUUUUAUUAUGUGAAAAAUAUAUUUAUAGAUUGUUACCUUAUAGAUUUGACGCCAUUAUUUAUAUCAGAGUUUUAUUUUAUAAAUAAACUUAGGACUAAUACUUGUAUAAAACUACAAAUUUUGACCAUAAUAACCAAAAUGUUCCGUCUUUCUUUUAGUUUUAUCAUAGUAUUAGGCCAAAAUUGUAAUGUAUUAAUUUGAAAAAUUAUAAGGGACAAUGGGUUAAGGUAUAGAAAUAAAAAUUAUGUAUGUUAAAAAUUUGUUCAUUUAUUCAUUGAUGGUUCCCUUAAACAGCUGUGAUAAAUGUGCACUGUCAUAAUCGCCAUAUAGCAAGAAUACCAUUUUCACCCCCAGUCAGCAAAAUGUUGGUAUUUUUGUUAUAUGAACUGCUCCUCACUAUCUGCU